AUAUAUUGCUGAUACCGUCACAUAUUUCUACUCGUAGUCUCACUGUAAUAGGAUUUACCAAACUUUAGCUUGCACAGAAAAGAAAUCUACACAAAAUAUUCCGUUUCUGGAUUUAUUGAUUGUUUAUCAGUGGUUCAUUUUAGACAUAUCAUGAAGGCUUCCGUUGAAGUUGCUGUUCUCAGCCAAUCUGCCAUGAAAAGCACAGAAAAUAGGAUCUGUAAAACCGCCAGGAGAGAGCGUGAUGUCAGCCAGGAAGAAAUGCAGCAGUUGUUAGGAAAACUUAAGGAUCUGGUUCCAAAUAUGCCUAAGAACAAGAGGCUGAGUAAGCUAGAGAUCAUUCAGAAUGUUAUCGACUACAUAUUCGACCUUCAGAUAGCUCUAGAAAGUGAUUCGGUAUCUCGUAAGAGCGAUUCCUCGUCGUAUGGGAGCACGUACGGGUCUGAUUCUGUUCGGCAACCGUUAGGCGUGCUAUCUCCUGCCACCAACAGUGCCUACUCUCUUCAAGAGGAAAUGUCGAUAGACAUAUCUCCCAGUCAUCUACCCGACCUUCAGUUCCUGCCGCCAAGACCCAUCUCGUGCUAAAACCAGAAACCUGGCUUAUCAUUUGUUGCUACAGAUUUCCCGCGUUUCUACUAUGAAAAGAGGAGCAAACAUUUGAUGUUUUCACCAUAGAGCUUUCAAGAUAUAUGUGCUAGUCCAGAAUAUUGUAUUGGAGAAGGGACGUGUUUCCCGGUUUACCAUGGAUGUGUAAUUUCAGUGGGAGAAUUGCUUCGAGAUUCUACAGUAUUAGAAGUAUUAUCCUCCGUCCAGUUCGACAGCACGCGGGUACGUGAAAUGUAAUCGCUGUGGGAAGUGGCAUUAUACUACCCAUAUGACAUCAUUUUUUUCUGAUUACAGCACAAAUGUUGAUGUUUUUAGAUCCGUGCCUGUUCUUUUGUAAUGUCAAAUGGUAAAACGUACUGUUUACAUGAAUCAGGUUUUUGAAUUGUAAAAGCCGUGAUUAAACAGUGUUUGUCAGCAUUAUUAUAGUUGACGUUAUAACAGCUAAGAUUUAAUUAACAUGGGUAAGCUUUCUAACAUCUGAGUGGAAUUUUGAUGUUAAAAUAUUGUAUAUUAGAUUUAGUAAUUGUAUUAAAAUGUAUAUUACAAAAAUUAUGUGGCUUUUGGUCACGUUCUAUUGUAUUUUAAGUUUAAUGGGGUUCUUGUACAGAUAUAGAGGUUGUUUUUUCUUGUGUGUGUGUGGGGUGGGGGGGGGGUAAUGCACGUGUAAAACUUGUAUAUGUUAUGAUAUUUGUAUAUAGUCAAUCAAAGAAAGAUAUAAGCUAUUAAAAGUACAUGAAAAUUA